AUGACCCUUGUCCACGCAGGCAGCAAGGCGGCACUGGCUUCCCUCUGCCCCGGAGACCUGAUCCAAGCCAUCAAUGGGGAGAGCACGGAGCUCAUGACACACCUGGAGGCGCAGAACCGCAUCAAGGGCUGCCAGGAUCACCUUACUCUCUCUGUGAGCCGGCCCGAGGCAAAGAGCUGGCCCAAUGCCCCUGAGGACAGCAAGGCCCAAGCCCACCGGAUCCACAUCGACCCUGAGGCUCAGGUUGGAGGCCUGCUGCUUGCCGCGUGCCAGCAGGUAUCGAUCUGGCAGGGCAAGUUGGGCACCCCGCUGAGUGGCCUCCAGGGGCUACCGGAAUGCACUCGCUGCGGCCACGGCAUCGUGGGCACCAUCGUCAAGGCGCGCGACAAGCUCUACCACCCGGAGUGCUUCAUGUGCAGCGACUGCGGCCUGAACCUCAAGCAGCGCGGCUACUUCUUUCUGGACGAACAGCUCUACUGCGAGGGCCACGCCAAGGAGCGCGUCAAGCCGCCCGAGGGCUACGAUGUGGUGGCCGUCUACCCCAACGCCAAGGUGGAGCUCGUCUGAGCUGCGCCCGGGGACUGCCCGCCCGCGCCCUGCUUCGCUUAGCGUCCUGGCGGGCCGUGUAAAUAAUGUGUGUGCCGCCUGCCUCGCCAAUAAACGCCCUCUACCCGGCCCUCUGCUGCU